AUGUGUAAUUAUCAUAAUUAUCAACAUGAAAUUCUUCAUCCAAAAAGAUUGCCAUUGAUAAACGGCAAAAAUGAAAUUUCGCAAAAAAAAUUGAUAUUCAAUAAAAUUACUAAGAGAAGCAUCGAAUCGUUAGGAAAAACUCAAGGUCGAUUAGUUAUUCUUGGAUCCGGUUGGGCAGGAUUUAAAUUACUUCGAGAUUUAAGGAAAGAACAUUAUGAAGUGAUUGUUAUUUCGCCAAGUACUCCAUUGCUCGCCUCAUCUUCUGUGGGUACAUUAGAAUUCAGAUGCAUCAUGGAACCUAUUCGAAAGCAUUCAUCGAAUCUACAAUAUUAUCAGGCUUACGCUGAUAAUAUAGAUUUAAAAAAUCAAGUUAUUCAUUGUACAUCUAAUCUCGAGCUUAGUAAGAAUAAGUUUUCUAUUCCGUAUGACACGUUAGUUAUCGCAGUUGGAGCAAAUUCGAAUACUUUUGGCAUUAAGGGAGUAGGAGACUAUGCUUUGUUUUUAAAAGAUGUCUCUGAUGCUCGCAAAAUACGUCAACGAGUAAUUGAAUGUUUUGAACAUGCAAGUCAACCAUUAAUAUCUGAGGAAGAAAUAAUUGGAUUAUUGCAUUUUGCGGUCGUUGGUGGAGGUCCAACUGGUGUCGAAUUUAGUGCUGAACUUUAUGAUUUUAUCACUGAAGAUAUAUCUCGUUUAUAUCCACGUUUAAUGAAUAAAGUUACUAUGACGGUAUAUGAUGUUGCACCUCAAAUUCUUGGUUCCUUUGAUGUAUCCCUCAGAGAUUACGCAACCAAAAAGUUUGCUCGUAAAGGAUUGACAGAUAAUCCAUUUACACGUUCUAUGAGUGACCAAGUGUUAAAAGAUAAAUCAGCAAGAAGGCUUUUAACGGACGAAUUCUUGCGAGUAUUAAGUAAAGAAAAUGGCCAACCAAUAGACAAUGUUUAUGCACUUGCUUUGAAUCAAAUAGCCGAAGAUAAAGGAUCAAUGGUAAGAACUAGUCCUUUCGUAUUUAGAAAUUUAGGAAGUAUGGCUUACAUUGGUAAAAAAGAAGCUGUCGUUGAUUUGACUCCCAUGUCCGAACGUGCGAAAGAAGGUGGAACUAUUGCAUGGUUAUUUUGGAGAUCUUCAUACUUUACAAUGACAAAGUUUUAUGAAAAAUUAGAUAAAGAUGAUAAUCAAGCUCUUGAAGAUUUACAUAAUGAAGAAAUUAAAUAUUAA